AUGGAGAAACAGGGACUACUAAGAGGACUGAAGGUCAUCAAAGAGAAAGGCAUCAAGGUCAAGUCCCUCACUACAGACCGUCACCCUAGCAUAAAGAAACACAUGUCCACAGAGGAGCCCAGGAUCAAACACUACUUUGAUGUAUGGCACGUGUCGAAAGGGAUAAAGAAGAAACUUGCAGCAGCAAGCAAAGCAAAAGGCUGCAACACUCUGGACCUCUGGAUCCAGUCGACAACCAACCAUCUGUACUGGUGUGCCGCAGUGGGAGAAGGCGAUUGCACCCUCAUUGAAGAUAUGUGGGCAAGCAAUGCAAAUCAUGUUGCCAAUAUACAUGAAGGUCAUGGAGGCAUCUAUCCACAGUGCCUGCAUGAUGAGCUGGAUGACCAUGCAUGGCUUGUGCCAGAGUCGACUGCACACAAGAAAUUUAAAAGCAUAACCCAAGCGAAACAUCUUUUGAAAGACUUGCGGCAGCUAGCACCUGGGCUCCAGACGUAUGCAUUGGAAUCAAUUCAUAAUGUUCUAAUUGGUUUUGCCCCAAAAUCUACAGCAUUUUCACCAGUUGGUAUGCGUGCAAGAACCUACUUGGCAAUAUUCCACUUUAACGAAAAUGCAAAUAAACCUCAAGCACAAACAAAGAACGGUUGCCCAAUGUUCAAGGUGAAAUCACCUAGGGCGAAGAAGGGCACAUUCACAGUGUACCUCCUCAAAGAGAAGCCAACAUAUCACUAUGUGUCGGAUCUGCUCGUGGAGGCAACAGAGCUCUGUAGACGCUGGCCGUCCUUGAAAGAAGCUUUUCAGCACACAAUAUGCAGUGCCCCAAGAGCGAUGUGUGACUCGUAUGAACGAGUCCCGAAAGAAACACUGAUUGCCCAGCAGCAGAGCAGAUUUUCGGACAGGUCAUCCUGUAAUCCUGUUACGACCUAG